AUGAGAUCUCCAGUACAAGGACGACCAUUGAUAUUGUACACGGCUUCCAGUGAUGUUGCUAUUGGGGCACUACCAGCUCAAGAAGAUGAAGAAGGCGUUGAACAUCCAAUCUACUAUUACAUCCGAACCAUGAAAGAUGCUCAACUCAGAUACCCGAAAGCUGAAAGAAUGUGCCUGGCAUUAGCCCAUGCAAUACAGAGAUUCAGAUAUUAUUUGCAAACUAACAGGAUCGUGCUUGUCUCCAAAGCUGAUCUCAUCAAGUUUUUACUCUCGAAACCUGCUUUGAUAGGAAGAAUUGCAAAAUGGCUGCUUCAGAUGUCAGAGUUCGACAUAGUAUGUGUUUCUCCCAAAGCAAUCAAAGGUCAAGCGGUAGCAGAUCUACUAGCUGCCUUUCCAAGGGAAGAUUCCACGACACUACAGGACGAUGUACCAAGUGAAUUCCCAGAAAUUUCAAUCGUCAAGGAAGAAACGUGGCUGCUGUACUUUGAUGGAUCUGCUACUCCUAGCAACAAUAUUGGAGGAGAGGGCAUCAUCUUGGUCUCUCCAUCUGGUGAAGAAGGAGCGAUACAUCUGGAGAUCAGAGGAGAUUCAAAAUUGCUGGUCAAUCAAAUGAAUGGGAUAUACUCUAUCAAGGAGAUAACGCUUGCUCCAUUCAGGGCUGAAGCGCAACGACUCCUAACCCAUUUCGCUGAUGCAACUAUCACUCACACUGGCCGGACCAACAAUAGACAUGUUGAUUGCUUGGCAACCCUCGCCUCCAAGUUGCAAUUCGAAGGGUCAGAUAAAGCUAUCAUAGUUCAGAGACGAGUUGUAUCAUCUACGUGGCUUAAUCAUACUGAAGAUGCUCAAGCAAACGACUGGAGAGCACCUAUUAUUCAUGAACUGAGCAGUUCCGUCGCAGAAGGAACAUUCAGCCUUAAAGAGCUAAAAAACUUCAUCCUGCUCCAUGGGGCCUUGUACCAUCGCAACCCUGAUGACUCUCUAUCACGGUGCCUUGGCGAUGAAGAAGCAAAUGAAAGGCUCGAAAGUGUGCAUCAAGAAAAGCCUCCUCAUUAUUUAGAGGCCCUGACACUUCAUCACACCGGGGACUGGAGGCAGCCUUACACUGAAUACCUUCGAGACAACAAAUCACCACCAACAAAGAAAGAUGCAACCAAACUCAUUCAGAAAGCUAAGAGAUUUGUUUUCUCGACGGGAUACUUUACCGCAAAAGCUUUGAAGGAGACUUGUUGA